UGAAAGAACCAUCUGGUUGAGUCUAAAGUUUGAAGACCACCACAUCCACCAGAAGACCCAGAAUGGAUCUGCACCAAAACACCACCAUCACAUUCCUGGAGAAAUGGUGUUCGGAUGAGUCACUGUCUGGCUGCAGGAGACAUUAUAAUGUCAAGAAAAAAUUGAAGUUUAUUCGCAUCUUAGGCCUUUUCAUGGGCCUGGUAGCCAUUAGCACUGUCUCAUUUUCAAUCGGUGCCUUUUCUGAGACAGACACACAGAGCACAGGAGAGGCCAGUGUUGUAAGUGGCCCUGGGGUAGCACAGGGUUACCGUCAAAGAACUCUCUUAGAUCUAAAUGACAAGAUUCAGGAUUACACUCCACAGCCACCUCUUUCUAAGGAAGACAAAUCUGAGAAUGGUACAGAUCAUGCCCAAGGAGACUACCCUAAAGACAUCUUUUCCCUUGAGGAGAGAAGAAAAGGUGCAGUCAUUCUCCAUGUCAUUGGAAUGAUCUACAUGUUCAUAGCCUUAGCCAUUGUCUGCGAUGAGUUCUUUGUUCCUUCUUUGACUGUCAUCACUGAAAAACUGGGCAUCUCUGAUGAUGUAGCUGGAGCCACCUUUAUGGCUGCAGGGGGGUCAGCCCCAGAACUUUUCACAUCUCUCAUAGGGGUAUUUAUUGCUCAUAGCAACGUUGGCAUAGGCACAAUCGUAGGUUCAGCAGUAUUCAACAUCCUGUUUGUCAUUGGCAUGUGUGCCCUGUUUUCUAGAGAAAUCUUAAACCUGACAUGGUGGCCACUCUUUCGGGAUGUUUCCUUCUACAUCAUUGACUUGAUCAUGCUGAUCAUAUUUUUCCUGGAUAAUCUUAUCAUGUGGUGGGAAAGUUUGCUUCUCUUAACGGCUUAUUUUUGCUAUGUGGUUUUCAUGAAAUUCAACGUCCAAGUAGAAAGAUGGGUGAAGCAAAUGAUAAAUCGCAAUAAAGUCGUCAAGGUGACAGCACCAGAGGCCCAAGCAAAGUCAUCUGCAACCAGGGACAACGAUGAACCGGCUCUCCCGACUAAGCCACGUCUCCAGCGGGGUGGAAGUUCUGCUUCCCUUCACAACAGUCUCAUGAGGAACAGCAUCUUCCAGCUCAUGAUACACACCCUCGACCCGCUCGCCGAAGAACUUGGAUCAUAUGGAAAACUAAAAUAUUAUGACACAAUGACUGAAGAAGGGAGGUUCAGAGAAAAGGCUUCCAUUCUCCACAAGAUCGCCAAGAAGAAAUGCCAGGUGGAUGAGAACGAGAGGCAGAAUGGGGCUGCCAAUCACGUGGAAAAAAUCGAGCUCCCAAACAGCACCAGCACAGAAGUCGAAAUGACACCACCCAGCGAUGCUUCGGAACCCGUCCAAAACGGAAACCUCUCGCACAGCAUUGAGGCUGCAGAAGUCCAGACAGCUGACGAUGAGGAGGACCAGCCUCUCAGCCUGGCCUGGCCUUCCAACACCCGCAAGAGAGUCACGUUUCUGAUUGUUCUUCCCAUAGUCUUUCCUCUCUGGAUCACCUUACCGGACGUUCGCAAACCCUCAUCGAGGAAGUUUUUUCCCAUCACGUUCUUUGGCUCCAUCACCUGGAUUGCAGUAUUCUCUUACUUGAUGGUCUGGUGGGCGCACCAGGUUGGAGAGACAAUUGGCAUUAGUGAGGAGAUUAUGGGUCUGACCAUCUUGGCUGCUGGAACCUCCAUCCCUGAUCUUAUCACCAGCGUCAUAGUGGCCCGGAAGGGGCUAGGGGACAUGGCCGUGUCCAGCUCUGUUGGAAGCAACAUUUUUGACAUCACUGUAGGGCUCCCGCUGCCCUGGCUCCUGUACACCGUCAUCCGCAGGUUCCAGCCCGUGGCUGUCAGCAGCAACGGCCUCUUCUGCGCCAUCGUGCUCCUCUUCAUCAUGCUGCUCUUCGUCAUCCUCUCCAUCGCCCUCUGCAAGUGGCGGAUGAACAAAGUGCUGGGCUUCAUCAUGUUUGGGCUCUACUUCGUGUUCCUGGUGGUCAGCGUCCUCCUAGAAGACAGAAUUCUCAUGUGCCCUGUCUCCAUCUAGCAGGAAAAGCCAUAUCUUGACCCAACAGCAGGGAUGGUGCCUCCCCGCUCUGGCCUCCGGGCUCCUUGAGCCCGUGAGCAGAGGCAGCUGACACACGGCCCUGGGUGCCACGUGUCCCUCCUGGGCCGACUGGAGGAGGGAUGGAUUCCCACUGGGCCCCUUCACCCCACAGGCUGCUUCCAUCCUUGCCUACGGAAAUAACUUCGCCUAAGAGACGGGGAGAACCGUCAAUACGGGGCUCUGUCCGUUCACCGCUGACAGGUACUCCUCGCUGGUCGGAGGUACA